AUGCAAUUGAAUACCACUAAAACGGAACUAGUAAGCUAUUGCGGAACACCUUUGGAAUGUCUGGGCUAUAGCUGGGUGCGAGUUUCAAUUGAGAGAUGUGACAAAAUACUGAAACUAUAUGUAGUGCGUUCUGACCGCAAGCCACUUCUAGGCAGAAAAUGGCUACGCGAGAUUAGAUUAGAUUGGAACAAAAUAAUAAAUAAUGAUACAGUUAUUGUGCAAAAUGUUAACCAGAUACAGCAAAAUCAGAGAAGCAGUCAAAUUGAAAAUUUAAUUAGUAAAUACUCGGAUGUGUUUUCGACCACUACCGGAAAAAUCAAAGACUUGCAAGCUCGUUUGUACUUAAAACCUAAUGCAGCGCCGAAGUUUGUGAAGCACCGAAGAGUUCCUUUUCCGUUAAUGGAAGCAGUGGAGAAGCAAUUAGAUGCACAAGUAGCAGAAGGUCUUCUUAAGAAGGUUGAAACCAGCGAAUGGGCUACGCCAAUUGUCGUGGUGCUGAAAAAGGGUGGUGGAGUCCGAAUAUGCGGGGACUAUAAAGUUACGCUGAACCCGGUUUUAUUGGUCGAUGAACACCCACUACCAACAGUAGAUGAGCUGUUUAGCAAAAUGGCAGGUGGCGUACGGUUUUCGAAAAUCGACUUGGCAACAGCAUACCUUCAACUAGAGGUACAUCCAGACGAUAGGCACCUUCUUACGCUCAACACACACAGGGGAUUGUACCAACCAAAUCGUAUGAUGUUCGGCAUCGCCAGUACACCGGCAAAAUGGCAGCGAUUAAUGGAACAGGCUAUAGGAGAUAUUCCGGGAGUAUCGGUGUUUUUGGACGAUAUAAAGGUGACAGCGCCAGAUGAUGAUACACACAUACAACGUGUCGAGGAAGUACUUAAAAGGCUCGAUCACUACAACAUGCAUGUUAACUUGGAAAAAUCUCAAUUUUUGAAGGACAGUAUAGAAUACUGCGGGUACGUAAUAAGCAAAGAAGGCAUUCGUCGAAUGAGCAACAAGAUCCAGGCUAUACAGAAUAUGAAAGUUCCAACAAACCGUGAAGAAGUUCGUGCAUUCAUGGGGCUCGUGAACUAUUAUGGCAGAUUCGUUAAAAACUUAAGCGACAUAGUUCACCCAAUCAAUAGAUUGCUGCUAGACAAAGUGACUUGGUCAUUCGACAAAAAGUGCAAAGUGGCGUUCGAGGAAAUAAAAAAGCAAAUGCAAUCAAACGUAAUUCUUGCCCACUACGAUUCAAAGUUGCCGAUCACGUUAGCUGUGGAUGCUAGCCCAAUCGGGGUAGGGGCGGUCCUUAGCCACAUGUAUGAAGAUGGCACUGAGAGACCGAUUCAGUUCGCGUCACAGACUUUAAGCAAAGUGCAACAACGCUAUUCGCAGCUCGACAAAGAGGCAUACGCAAUUAUUUUCGGAAUACAUAAUCGGGCGAUAUCACAAAUAUUUUCACCUGGUAGAGGCAUACCGAUAAACUCAGCAACUCCCACAUACGAACAGGUGGAAGAAGUUUAUGUGGUGGAAGAAGAGUUGUUCGAAAAUUUGCCGGUAACGGUAGCGGAACUUCAGCGUGAAACGAAAGCGGACGAAACAAUAAGACGACUUUAUGAGGGUUUGAAGUAUGGCAGAAAGUGCGAGGCAAAAGAUCGAUUUGGCAUCGAACAACACGAAUUUACUUUACAUAAUGACUGUAUACUGAGGGGAGUGCGCGUAUACAUUCCAAAUAAUCUACGACAAAGAGUACUGGACGAAUUGCACACGGCUCAUUUCGGUGUGGUCAGAAUGAAAAGUUUGGCCAGAGCCUACGUAUGGUGGUAUCAAAUGCAUAAGGACAUCGAGAAUGUGGUGCAAAAGUGCAUUGCAUGCCAAGUCACCCGACCAGACCCUAAAAGAACAAUGCCAGUACACAGUUGGAAAACACCCGGAAAAGUUUUUGAACGAGUACACGUAGAUUAUGCCGGUCCGGUAAUGGGUAAAUAUUUGUUUAUUUUAAUUGACGCAUUUAGCAAAUGGCCGGAAGUUCAUUUAACUUCAAACAUGACCACCGAAACAACGGUUGAAAAAUGUCGCGAGAUAUUUGCGCAGUUUGGUGUAACAAAUGUCUUGGUAAGUGAUCACGGAAGACAGUUCAACUCGACCGAAUUUCAAAAAUUUUUGAAGGAAAAUGGAGUCAUCCAUAAGCAAGGAGCACCGUAUCACCCAGCAACAAACGGUCAAGCAGAACGUUAUGUACAAACGAUUAAGAAUAAACUUAUCGCAGCAAAUUGCACACCAGAAUCGCUGAAAAGCGAGCUUUCAAAGAUACUUAUAGCUUACAGGCGAACCAUUCACCCAGUAACUAACAAAUCGCCAUCGAUGCUUAUGCUAGGGCGGCAAAUACAAACACGUUUGGAUUUACUUUUGCCGCAAAAUGAUCAAGCGAAAUUCGGUAAGACACUACCAACAAAGAGGAUUGACAUAGGGGAAAGAGUAGCAGUACGCGAUUACCUGUCAAAGCCCAAAUGGAAAUUUGGAGUAGUUGAGGCAAAUAAAGGCGAUUUGCAUUAUAGUGUCAGACUCGACGACGGUCGAAAAUGGACGAGACAUAUCGACCAAAUGCGAAGAUCAAGAGUAUCAAUCGACGAUACGCCGGAAGAUUCUUCUAAAGCAACAGGAAUGCUAGCGGGAGGUCCAGUCAGCGAACAAAUGGGAAGAGCUCAGAAUCAUUCAUUAUCGUCACAUCAGACUCCAGAUGCGGUCACAAAUCACUCAUCGCAAUCAUCAUCUCAACCACAUCAACCUGUCGAGGCACCACCUGAAGAAACACUUCGUGGAAAGGGCGGAGAAGAGGCUAACAAAAACCUACAGUCAGACACAUCACAAAAGCCGACAUCGACAACAACAACACUGGAAUCACCCGAGACCAUGCUGCGCCGUUCGCAAAGGCAACAUGAGGAAAGCUGCAUACAGACGAUUAAAGAUAAAGAAAAUCAGGAAAUAGAAAGAAAUAAUCUGACGACAUUAAUAGGAGACCACCUGAAUAAAAUGACAAUCACCAUUAGAGAUAGAUUUAUUCGUGAUACCCUACAUUCUACUAAGACGUUCCUAAAAAACAAUGACCAACUUUUAAUUCUCAAUGCGGACAAAGGAAACGUAACUGUAAUGAUGGAAAAAUCGGAAUACGAUACAAAGAUGCAGAAAAUAGUCAUUGAUAUUUCGACAUACAGGGCUUUGAAACGUGAUCCCACGAAUAAAUUACAAGCUAAAAGUAACGAAAUUGUAGAGAAAAUGUACACAAACAAAGUGAUUGAUUUAAAAUAA